GCGCCCGGAGGGUGGGCGUGGAGGUGGUGGCGGCCCCGGCGUGUCGGGCGCCGCCCAGGUGUGCCCGCGGCUGGGGAGGUGGCGGAGGGGCGGCGGUCGCCGUGCGCAGGCGGGUGAAGUCGAAAAAUCACCACCCAUGUCAUGGAUUUUAUCUGAUUGUGUAGAUCAGAUUUCCUUAUUCUGGAUAUCAUGGUAACAAUAUAGGAAAUAUGCAUUAUUUCUCAUUUCUUCAAGUAGAAUUCACUGCUGAAGGAAGAAAUUUUUUAAGCUACAGCCAAAUUCAUUUUGGUACCUUUUAUGGAAAUCCUGAUUUUGUUUUUACUCUUUUAUAACCUUUCGCAAAAGGUAUGAACAAGCAAAGAGCACAUCUCAUUAGGCAAGUCCACAUUAAUAAGAAUGCCUAGAAGAGGAUUGAUUCUUCAGACCCGGACCCACUGGCUACUGUUGGGUCUCGCUUUACUCUGCAGUUUAAUAUUAUUUUUGUACCUUCUGGAAUGUGCCCCCCAGACUGACGGAAAUGCAUCUCUUCCCGGUAUCGUUGGGGAAAAUUAUGGUAAAGAGUAUUAUCAAGCCCUCCUACAGGAGCAAGAAGAACAUUAUCAAACCAGAGCAACCAGUCUGAAACGCCAAAUUGCCCAAUUAAAACAAGAAUUGCAAGAAAUGAGUGAAAAGAUGAGAUCACUGCAAGAGAGAAAGAAUGUAGGGGCUAAUGGCAUAGGCUAUCAAGGCAACAAAGAGCAAGCACCUAGUGAUCUUUUAGAGUUUCUUCAUUCACAAAUUGACAAAGCUGAAGUUAGCAUAGGAGCCAAACUACCUAGUGAGUAUGGAGUCAUUCCCUUUGAAAGUUUUACCUUAAUGAAAGUAUUCCAGUUGGAAAUGGGUCUCACUCGCCAUCCUGAGGAAAAACCAGUUAGAAAAGAUAAGCGAGAUGAAUUGGUAGAAGUUAUUGAAGCUGGCUUGGAGGUCAUUAAUAAUCCUGAUGAAGACGAUGAACAGGAAGAUGAGGAUGGUCCCCUUGGAGAAAAACUGGUAUUUAAUGAAAAUGACUUCAUAGAAGGUUAUUAUCGCACUGAGAGAGAUAAGGGCACACUGUAUGAACUCUUUUUUAAGAAAGCAGACCUUACGGAACAUAGACAUGUGACUCUCUUCCGCCCUUUUGGACCUCUUAUGAAAGUGAAGAGCGAGAUGAUUGACAUUACUAGAUCAAUUAUUAAUAUCAUUGUGCCACUUGCUGAAAGAACUGAAGCAUUUGCACAGUUUAUGCAGAACUUCAGGGAUGUAUGUAUUCAUCAGGACAAGAGAAUUCAUCUCACAGUGGUGUAUUUUGGUAAAGAAGGACUAUCUAAAGUCAAGUCUAUCCUAGAAUCUGUCACAAGUGAGUCUAAUUUUCACAAUUACACCUUGGUCUCAUUGAAUGAAGAAUUUAAUCGUGGACGAGGACUAAAUGUGGGUGCCCGAGCUUGGGACAAGGGAGAGGUCUUGAUGUUUUUCUGCGAUGUUGAUAUAUAUUUCUCAGCCGAAUUCCUAAACAGCUGCCGGUUAAAUGCUGAGCCAGGUAAGAAGGUGUUUUACCCUGUGGUGUUUAGUCUUUACAACCCUGCCAUUGUUUAUGCCAAUCUGGAUGUGCCCCCGCCUGUGGAACAGCAGCUGGUUCACAAAAAGGAUUCUGGCUUUUGGCGAGAUUUUGGCUUUGGAAUGACUUGUCAGUAUCGAUCAGAUUUCCUGACCAUUGGUGGAUUUGAUAUGGAAGUAAAAGGUUGGGGUGGAGAAGAUGUUCAUCUUUAUCGAAAAUACUUACAUGGUGACCUGAUUGUGAUUCGGACUCCGGUUCCUGGUCUUUUCCACCUCUGGCACGAGAAACGCUGUGCUGAUGAGUUGACCCCUGAGCAGUACCGCAUGUGCAUCCAGUCCAAAGCCAUGAACGAGGCCUCUCACUCACACCUGGGAAUGCUGGUCUUCAGGGAGGAGAUAGAGACGCAUCUUCACAAACAGGCAUACAGGACAAAUAGUGAAUCUGUUGGUUAAUGUAAUCAGUGACACGUUAGUCUGAACCACAAACCAGCACUAUUUAUUUAGCCUUAAUUCCAAUUCCAGAUGCAGUGCCUCUUUCAGAGAAGACGUGCUUAUCUUUUGUGUUCUUGCUGACAUUACUUUAGCAAUUUAACUUAGUGUGAGAAGAAAAAGCAAGUUUUACAAUGCAAAGUCUCUGUUUUAUGAGUAUACUUCACUAUGGAAUCAUUGACAAAUCAAAAUCUGGUAUUUGUUCUAAGAGUAGCUUUGAGUUAAUUUUACCCGGCUUCAUGUUCUGAUGUGUAUCCUGGUUGCGUCUGGGCUGAGGGAUGGAAUGUGUUGUGCUGAAGGUGGGUCGGGAGCAUCCUGUUCCCAAAGAGAGGAUGGAGUGUUAUGGAUGGAGUGUGUGGAUAAGGGCUCUUCACCUACUGACCACUGAGUCACCCUACUUGGUUUUAAAUUAAGAUCUUUGGGCAGUUGCUUAAAGGAUCCUUUUUCACUGAAGCAGAGAAUAAUUAAAUGACACAUCUAAAAUCCCCAACUAAUCAAGAGAAGGCAGAGGCAAAAAUCCCUCAACUUUGUGUUGUUGCCUAGCCCCCUCAAUGCCUGUUUUUAAACAAAUGGGUAAUAGUAGAAAAUACUAAGGUUAUAAUCUGUGGCUUGAUUAAAAAUAUAAUGUAUUUCUAAUUUAGCAUCAUGUUCAGGAUUAGGAGUCAAAGUUGCUGUAGACUGUUUUGAACAAACAGAAAUAAACAUGGAAACGUCUUUAACAGAACAGUUAAUUAUGCUGGAGUAUAGGACACUAGGGGUGUCUGGGACGUCAGUUUACAUGAGCCAGGACCUUCUUGUGGUGGUUCAGAAUAGAUGAACAUAACAUGGUGUCGUGUGUUUUUUGCUUUGUAUUGUCUUAUUUAGCAUGGAUCCAUAUGUAUGUAUUAUCCUUUUUUUCUAAUAUGUUAAUUAAGCUACAUCUGUGUUAUUAUAAUACUUUGAGUUGAGGAGGAGUUUCACUGAAGGAAGAAAAACCAAACAAUUUAAUGAGGUAUACCAUAAGAUCAUACUGAUUCGAGAAAAGGGGAGGAGGGGAAGGUUGUCUAAAUGGAAAUCUGAAUUACAGAAUAUUUUAGAAAAAUAUAUAACUUGCAGAUAGAAUGAUGUUUUAAUUGAGGUGUAAAUUAUAUUAAGGAGACAAGAUGAAUAAGAAAUUAUAUUCAGAUAUGACUGUACUAUGUUAUUUAUCACACAUGGAUCUUUUACCAUAUGGUCAAUUGCUGGACCCACAAAUUGGAGAUAUGGUGAAAGGCAUGCAUAGAUUUUUGAACCCUUGGCUUUUAAAAGGGACCUAUAUUGAAUUCUUUUUAUUUGUAUAGAAACCCCCGGAAAUUCAUAGAAGACAAAUCAUUACUCUUUUUGCUCAGUAAAUCAUAUCAUCUGAAAUAUUAUAAAUCCCAAAUUUCUUGGUGCUACAUGAAUUCAAUUUUAUAAUAACUCUUACUAAAUAUUCUUACAAGUUUUUAGUUGGGGUAGCAUUUAGGCUUAGUUUUUUAAGAUGUGUAAAAUGUUCUCUGCAAAAUUGCUCAGGCCAUUGUCUCCUAUUAUAUACAGUUAUUUAUUGUGAAGACCAGUGAAUUAAAGUAUGUAAAGUGAGAGAACCUAAUUAUUUGCAAAAGUGAGUUGUAGCUGGUUUUUUAACAGAAUCAAAUGAUUUUUUUUCUCCUUUUUUUUUAAAAAAAAAGCUUUUCAUAUAAAGAUGGAAGCUAAGCAAUGGAAACAUUACUCUGUUUUUGACAGUAAAAGGUACCAAUAAAGUAUUUUAUUACUGAAAGUUAAAUGAAAAUGUGAUAAGUUAAUUUCUUUCUGUUGUAAAAUGUCAUAAAUACAGAAAAGUGUAUGACAUGUAAGUGUGUACUUUAAAGAAUAAUAAAGCCAACGCUAGUGCACCAGCUAUUCAGCUUAGGAUAUAGAACAUUACCAGUGGAAGGCCUCUGUGUGCCCUUUCUCGAUUACAUACCCUCACUCUCUCCAUAGUAGUCACUAUCCUGAUUUUUGUGAUAGUUUUUCACUCAUUUUUCUUCACAGUUUUCCCAACUAUGUAUGUAUCUCUACCCAAUGACUAUUUUGCCUGUUUUGAAUUUGUAUGCAUAUUAUUUCAUUAUACUCUAACUUUCAGUAUUUUGUUUUGAAGGUUAACUCAUGUUAAUCUCAAAAUUAAUUCAUUUUCAUUACUGAUUAGUAUUCCACUGAAUGAAAAUACUGUAGUAGUAUUCUACUGUUUAUAGAUAUUUGGAUCAUUCAUAGUUUUUUUUUGUUUACUUAUUUGCUUUUGCUAUCACAAACAAUGUUGUCAUGAAUACUGCUGUGCGUGUCUCUUAGGAGUGUGCGAGACUUUCUCUAGGAGUAAUGAUGCUAAGUCAUCGGUUGUGUGUACGCUCAACUUACUUUCCAAAGUGGACCGCCUCCAGCACUGUAAGAGAUUCACUUUGCAUCCGUGGCAAUACUUAAUUUUGUCAGGCUUAUUAAUUCUUGCUAAUCUAGUGGGCUUUAGGCAUGAAUUGUAAUUAUAAUUUUCAUUUCCAGUCUUUUUGCCCAUUAUUAUAAGUUUAUAGGAAUUCUUCACAUAUUCUGGGUACCAAUUCUUGUUGGUUAAAUGUUUACAAGUAACUUCUCCCAGGAUGUGGCUUGUCUUUCCCAUUCUUGAUGGUACUUUUUGAUGAAUAAAAAUUAA